UUUGUGGCCCAAAUUAAAAUCUGGGUCCAAUUUUUUUGUCGUAUAAGGAGGACCAAUAUAUCUCCAACACCAAUAGACAAAAAAGAAAAUGAACGUGAACUGUAGUUGCUCAACUUCAUUCAAUGACCACCAUGGCUUCUUCUUCUUCACUAGCUACUAGUACAAGACUCUCUGUAACUGCACUUUCAUUUUCUUCCGUUUCAGUUUCCAAGAACCCAAAACUACACUUCUUCAAGUGUAUUUCUUCUUACUCUUCUUGGAAUGGACUGAAGCAGCAGCUGAGCAUUUCCAAAUCUCAAUUUUCACUACAAAUUGGGAGAAGUAGAAAACUCAAAGGGAAAGGUGUAUAUGCAUCUCUAUUUGGAGUUGGUGCACCUGAAGCACUAGUCAUUGGGGUUGUUGCUUUGCUUGUUUUUGGCCCAAAAGGUCUUGCUGAGGUUGCUCGUAACCUGGGAAAAACUUUGCGUGAAUUUCAACCUACUAUCAGAGAACUUCAGGAUGUUUCAAGGGAAUUCAAGAGCACACUUGAACGAGAGAUUGGCCUUGAUGACAUUAAAAGUUCAGGCGAAGACACAAGAAAUUCUAGCACAGUGAGGCCUUCAGCAGACGACAGCUCUUCAAGACAGGUGGCUGAUCCCAAUGGUUCUCCAUCACCAAAGAUGGCUUCCAUGGGUGAAGAUGACUUGGAUAGGCUGAUGAGAAUUGCUGAUGCUGAAAAACAAGCUGAGAAAGACCUGGCGGCCUUACUUGAAAGUCGGUCUGAAUCCCAAACAGUGUCGCAAGAUGAUUCUUCUUCCUCAGAUAGAGCAUACUCAACUGAAGAGUACUUGAAGAUGACUGAGGAGCAGCUAAAAGCAGCUGCUCAACAGCAGAAUGAGACAACUACUCCCGAGCAAAUCCCCUUCAAUGGUCAAAGUCUGUCACAAGAUAGUGCUUCUUCAGCUGAUGGAGCAUACACAGCUGAAGAUCUUUCGAAGGCAGCUGCGCAGGAGAAUGAGGUGUCUUCUCCCCAGCAAAGCCCCUCAAACGCCCAAAGCCAAACACACGAAACUCCCGGAGAAGUUGCAUCGAUGAUCUCUUCUUCCACGAAGCCCGAAAGUGAGACAUAGAGCAGCUAAUGGUGCGAUUUUGUACUGUAGGGCUUGUUCUUCUUCUUCUUUCUUUCUUUCCUUUUUUUUUUUAAAACAAAAAGGAAAUCAUUGAAUGUUGUUGUAUUAUUCUUAAAAUGCUUGAUGAACUUGCAAUGUUUUGCUGGGAGAAACAAUUUUGUACAUUAGUAGAGCCACUGGAAGUGUUGUACCACAUUUCACUUAAUCAGUCCUCCUCUGUUGUAUUGUAUAAAUUAAAGAUAAAAACUCACACGUGA